AUGAAGAAGAUUGUAAUAUGGUUAGUUUUUAUUUUGGAGUAUAUAUCUUGUGAACAUCCAUCGCAGUAUUCUUCAAGAACAAGACAAGUACCACCUUCGACUAGAUAUGGAACCCCUCAAACUAUCUACGGGCCACCAGUGAACACGGAACCAUUAGAACCAACCUUUCGCCAACCACCUAAUCCAUCUAAAUUAUCUAACUUUCCAAACCCUUAUUUGAGAGCACCUAGACCUGCAUCAGCAAUUUCCGCACCCCAAACAAUUUAUGGAACCCCAAAUAGGCAAAUUUUCGCACCGCAAACAACUUACGGAGUACCAAAUAAACAAAAUUUGGCACCUCAAACAACUUAUGGAGCUCCAAAUAAGCAAAUAUCCUCUCCCCAAGCGACUUAUGAGGCUCCAAAUAAACAAAUAUUAGCGUACCAAACAACUUUUGGAGCUCCAAAUAAACAAAAUUUCGUACCCCAUGGAACCCCAAAUCAGCUAAUUAACGUAGCCCAAGCAACUUAUGAAGUUCUAAAUAAACAAAUCUUAGAGCAAGAAACUUAUGGAGCUCCAAAUAAACAAAGUUUAUCGCCUCAUGGAACUCCAAGUGAGCUAAUUUCCGAUUAUGCAGCGCUAAAAAAACAAAUAUUAGCGCAUGCAACUUUAGUAGCUUUAAAAAAACAAAUUUUAGAACAAGAAGCAACAUAUCGAGCUCCAAAUAAACAGAGUUUAUCACCUCUUGGAACUUCGAGUCAGGAAGCUCCAACAUUUGAUGAAAUUCGGCAACUGAAAGCGCUUCUUCGGAAGAUAGAAGAGGCUCAAUUACUCACGCAAUUAAACGGUAAAUAUGCGCAAAGUUUGCCAAAUAGAGGACCUGGCGAUUUCAGCCCUUCAUUGACCCAGCAAUAUUUACCUGUGAAAGAGCCGGAAAAUUUUAACCGCCAGCGAGGAGAUAGGGAGAACGAUUUUAACGCGCGCACGCCCAGCUCCAAUUACAAUCCUAGCGCAAAUAAUAAUUUCGAUGGAUUUCGCGAAGGACGAUUCCGAUCGGGAAACUCUUGGAACAAUUUAGAUUUACCAAAUGGAACGAAUCGUAAUGUUGAUGUUCAUAAAGUUGAAGUAACACAAUUCGGAUCUAGCGGUAGCAGGAAUAAUGAAGUUAGUACGACUUUCAGGCCCGAUGCUAAUAAUAAAGAGGAUGGUAUUAGUAAUAAGUACAUUCCUCCUGCUACCUCUGAAAAUCCGAUUACAGUCAAUCCUUCGACUGAGAUACCGGUCGUCAAUUAUUUACCCCCGCAGAAUGGAAAUAACGAAAAUCCCAACAUCGCUGUCGCCACAUCCGUUUCGGGGAUUCCCAACGAUCAACAGUUUUAUUUAGUUCAACCGGACGGGAAAUACCAACGGAUUGUGUUAUCGAAAACUAGUAAUAAUAAUCCUGUUAACUAUCAACUCCUGAAUAAUGCGCAAGUCGAUCCUAAUGUAUUAUAUACCCCUUUGUACACUGUAAUAAAUAAGUGA